AUGGGAGCGGCGCGCUGAGUCGGCGGCUGCGGCGGUGGCGGAAGAUGGCUGCGGCUGAGGCGGCGGACACUCAGCUGAUGCUCGGAGUCGGGCUGAUCGAAAAGGACACAAAUGGAGAAGUUCUGUGGGUGUGGUGUUAUCCUUCCACGACAGCUCCUUUAAGGGAUCUGCUGCUGAGAAAAUGCUGCCUUACAGAUGAAAACAAACUUCUCCAUCCCUUCGUCUUUGGUCAGUACAGAAGAACAUGGUUUUAUAUCACAACAGUUGAAGUUCCAGAUUCUUCAGUUUUGAAAAAGGUGACUCAUUUUUCUAUUGUCCUGACUGCCAAAGAUUUUAACCCAGAGAAAUAUUCCACCUUCGCUAGGAUAUUGUGUAGAAUGUACCUGAAACAUGGGAGCCCAGUUAAAAUGAUGGAGAGUUAUAUCGCAGUUCUCACAAAGGGGAUAUGCCAGAGUGAAGAAAAUGGCUCUUUCCUUAGCAAGGACUUUGAUGCCCGAAAGGCAUACCUUGCAGGCUCCAUCAAAGACAUUGUAUCUCAGUUUGGAAUGGAAACUGUUAUCUUACACACAGCACUGAUGCUAAAGAAAAGAAUUGUCGUCUAUCACCCCAAAAUAGAAGCUGUCCAGGAGUUUACCAGGACCCUGCCUGCCCUGGUGUGGCAUCGCCAGGACUGGACCAUACUUCACUCCUACGUGCACCUCAAUGCUGACGAGCUGGAAGCCCUGCAGAUGUGCCCAGGUUACAUCGCUGGCUUUGUAGACCUGGAGGUGAGCAGUAGACCAGACCUCUAUGACGUGUUUGUGAAUCUGGCAGAUACUGAGAUUACCAUUGCUCCACUUGCGAAAGAGGCCAUGACAAUGGGCAAACUGCACAAAGAGAUUGGUCAGCUAAUUGUUCAGUCUGCAGAAGAUCCAGAGAAAUCAGACAGCCAAGUUAUUCAGGAUAUUUCCCUAAAAACAAGAGAAAUCUUGAGCAACCUGGCACCAUUUUCAGAAGUUUCGGGUGAUGGAGAAAAGCUGGUUCUCAAUUUUGAGUUGCUAAAGCAAAGACGAUUUCCACCUGCAACGGAAAACUUCCUUUACCAUCUGGCAGCAGCCGAACAAAUGCUGAACAUCUGACCGGGGGCAGGAUGCGACACUGCCGGCGGGGAGCAAGCUCGUUCACCGCAGUUAUCUAUUAACUAUGUAAAAUACUGAAAGUAGCAAAGAAAAUGUUAUAUUUUUAAUGAUUUAUUUGAAAGUAUUAAGAUCUGACCUGAAAAAGCACUGAAACAUAUGAAAACACUUCUGAUUUCCUCCUCUGAUUAGCUUCAUGCCUGUAUCCAUGUUGGACCAAGUGCUGUAACUACCGUAUAUAACGUUAUAGCACGGCCCGGUGUCCUGGAGUAAGAGAAAAAAGCUUGUCAAGUUCUCGCCACAUCCCAGCUAAUCCGAAAGCCUUCGUUAGUCUAAGUCCCAGUUUGUCUCAUUGUGUAGCCACAAACUAAUGGUUUAUUUUCAGAAAGCUGCCUGAGAUUUUGCUUUGUAUUCUUCUAGGAAGAACCUUGAUUCCUCAUGAGGAACUCUACUUUCUGAGCCAAACUACUAAGUUUUCUGCAGAACUGUCUCGAAGAUCAUUCGAAAGACCCUGCAGUUGCACUUUCUUGUAAAAGAAAAAAAAAAUUUUUUUUCUUGGGCUUUGAACAUUUUGCCUAUAUUAUGAGGGUUUUGCAUAGAUUUUAUACUUGAGUAGACAACUUUAAUAAUGCAUAUUUAUAUUGUCACAGGGGUAAGCACUUGGCAAACUUAAACCAUUAGUACUCUUCAGUUAACCCUGUUGCUAGCAAUAUUCUUUUGAAAAAGAUGCGAGUCCUUACAUGGUAGAGUAAAAUAAGAAGCCCAUUUGAAUAUAAACGUCUGACGAAACAGCAACUUUAUGCAGUUGGGAAGAGAGUGUGAGAAUUGACUUCUUGCAAGGGCCCAAACCAGAGGAUGUCUUCAGACAGCUUCAGUAAAGUCAUGUGGCCACAUAUGAAGGUAACCAUUCUGGUUCAGUUUUGUACCUCUCGCAUAAUUGGAGACCUAAAAAUUGCAAAACAAACAUGACGGUCUAAAUUAUGUACUUGCUAUUUUAUUGUAUGUAUUCAUAUUAAUUAUGAAAGGUUAUUUUACACUCAGUACUCUUGUCCUCAGAAAUCUUACCCAGAAAAACAUUUGCAAAAAAAUCUCGUCUUUAUUGGAUCUUUCAUUUAUUCUUGGUGUUAGACGUUUGUUAAGUGAAAAUUAAAAAUAGCCUCUCCCCCUCCCUCCUUGGGUGGCGGCAGGGGAAGAUCUGAAAUGAGAUGUUUACUAAGGCAAACAAUUGAAGAUUAAAUCUGCACUUUAUGAAAAUGAAUACUAACAUCUUUUUCUCCCUUGUUUUUUGUAUUACUACAUUACCUAAUGAUCAAAGUUGUUAAAAUUACAAAUUUAUGAUACAGAAAUAAAAUGAAAAUAUUUUGAUACUCAACAAAGUUUUGGGCCGAUGAAGAAUUGUGCUCUCUUUUUCUGAUUCUCUACACUCCAAACAAAAGAAAAAACCCUUCUGUCACCU